AUGAUGCUUCUUACAACAAAGGAUACGAUCUACAGAUUGAAGGAGAAAUUUAACCUUGAAUUCGAGGAGGCCUUUCACCGAAAGGAGGCUGAACUUGCUCGUAUCUCAGAGCGCAUGAAUCGCCUCCGCUACGUUUAUGCAGAGAUCGGUCUUGAUGAUGAAGCUAAAAAACCCUUAGACGAUGCAUGGCUGCCAAGCGAACAGCCUGAGUCUUUGGUACUUGCUGUUCAAGAUUGUGAAAUCACGGUGGAACACUAUUUUAGCUCUACCCAACGGGCUGAAGCUGAGGCCGAAGCACGUGCAGCUGACGAGCGCAGACGCCGAGAGGCAGCGGACAACUGGCGUGAGCGUGGCCUAGAGGAAAUGAUGGGUGGCGUGCUGGAGGUUAAGAAAGAAGACCUUCUCAAGAAAGACAUCCCGAAACCAAAUUUUGUUCUUCAGGGAAAGGUGCAGACGCAGUGGUCUGAGGAUGAUAAGCGAAUUUUUGCUGAGUACGAAAAGAAGGUUAAGGAUUUGAAUGAGGAACGUGAGCGAUUCAGAAAGGUGAUGCAAGCAGAAAUCAAAAAAUUGACUGGCCUUAUUGAAGAUGGAAAGAUGAGAUUCAAUGAACAUCUGGUCAGUCUCUUCAACAAGUGGCUGCAGAUAAGGAAGGCCGUUUGGCAAGAGGAAUUGUCGGUCUGGAGACUUAAAUGGAGCCUGCUGGUGGAUGAAGAACUCGUUACUCGAGAAGAACAUCUUCGAAGUAUACGCAGAGAGUUACAGCAGAAGGAAAAAGAGGUUGAAUAA